GGAGAGCGGACACAAGGGAGAGAAGUCGCAACAUGGGGCUGAACAUCUGGAUUCUCCUUCUCCUCGUCCCGGUGUCCGGCGGCGCCACGAGCUCUGAGCCGGGCACGUUUGCCGUUGAUUACGAGCGGAACUGCUUCAGCAAGAACGGUUCGUGUUUCCAGUACGUGUCGGGCAGCGUCCAUUACUUCAGGGUUCCUCCCAUCUACUGGAAAGACCGGCUGCAGAAGAUGUACAUGGCCGGCCUCAACGCCAUCCAGAUGUUUGGGCCGGUGAUUGACGGCAACGUUUCUCUUGCAGACCCCGUGGAUAAAAUCCCCGAGCCCACGCCGCUGACCAACUCGGCCACCGAGUUGCUGAAGCAGGGAGCUGCCUGCAACGUUCUGUUCGUGUACUCGGUGGACAUGGAGUCGCUGACAGGUCCGCAGGCCAUCGGCAAGGCCAUCACGGAGACUCUGGGCGCACAGACACCGCCCACCGCCACCACCGUCCACUUCAAGGUCUCAUCGCAGGGCAUCACGCUGACCGACAACCAGAGGAAAUUGUUCUUCCGUCGUCACUAUCCCAUCGGCAGCGUGACCUUCUGUGACGUGGACCCACAGGAGAGAAGGUGGACCAAGUCUGAUGGAAGCUCCUCAAAGCUCUUUGGGUUCGUGGCCAGGAAGCAGGGCAGCACCACGGACAAUGUUUGCCACCUGUUUGCCGAGAUGGACUCCAGCCAGCCGGCUCCGGCCAUCGUCAACUUUGUCUCCAAGGUGAUGAUCGGCUGGCAGAAGAGAUGAGCGGCGAGAGGGCUUCAUCCCACCGGGACCGGGAGCGGCGGAGCAACGUGUGGCUCAGGGUGACUGAGGGGGGAGGGGAGGCAGAAUCUGCCGGCUUGCACAGUCUGGAGAUGGAACGGCAACAGGGAGCUUUGGUGAACGGCGGGCUGGUCGGCGUGGAGACGUACAACACGUUCGUACGGAAUUACCGAAAGGUCCGUGUACGUCACAUCCACUGUACGGCCCUCUUGAUCCUGGAGAAGAAUCAGGCCAUUCGGCCCAUCAUGUCCACUCCGCCAUUCAAUCAUGGCUGAUCUAUCUCUCCCUCCUAACCCCAUUCUCCUGCCUUCUCCCCGUAACCCCUGACACCCGUACUAAUCAACAAUCUAUCUAUCUCUGCCUUAAAGUCACAGAGAGAUACAGCACGGAAACAGGCCCUUCGGCCCUACAUGCCCCAUCUACACUAGUCCCACCUGCCCGCUCUUGGCCCAUAUCCCUCCAAACCCGUCCUAUCCAUGUGAGGUGAGGGAACGGGAGGGUUUAAUGGCGACACAUCCAUUAUUGACAUGAAUUUCCCACGAGUGCAUGGAUCCCCCACCACCCCCCCCUCCCCCUCCCCUAUCUAACUCUCUCUUGAAAGCAUCCAGAGAACCGGCCUCCACCGCCCUCUAAGGCAGAGAAUUCCACAGACUCACCACUCUCUGUGUGA